AAAAAAAGAACAUCUGGUCAGUAUAAACUUCCUUCAGCUCGGCUGAUCUGUUUCCCGCCAUAUUUAGCUUCUAGACACACCGUUCGGGAAAUUAGGGUUUCUCUAGUUCCAUGAACUAUUGAUCUGAUUCAAUCAUCUUCUACGGUUUCAAUUGAUUUUUCUUAAGUAAAUUCGCAUUGCCUGAAGUCACCAUUCUAAUUGCAGCUGACUGUCGCUGUUUCUUGUUCUUCUAAUGGAGGAACCUCGCGUCAAGCGCCCCAAAAUUUCAAGGGAUGAAGAUGACUAUUUGCCAGGAAAUAUCACUGAGAUUGAGCUCCAUAAUUUCAUGACCUUCAAUCACUUGGUAUGCAAACCUGGACCUCGGUUAAACCUUGUCAUAGGGCCAAAUGGUUCUGGUAAGAGCUCUCUUGUAUGUGCUAUUGCACUUUGCCUUGGCGGUGAACCUCAGCUGCUUGGGAGGGCCACAAGCAUUGGUGCAUAUGUGAAGCGUGGGGAAGAUGCGGGAUAUAUUAAGAUUUCCUUGAGGGGCUACACUAAGGAAGAGCAGAUCGCCAUUGUCCGUAAAAUUGAUACACGCAACAAGUCAGAGUGGUUUUACAAUGGCAAAUCUGUGGCCAAAAAAGAGAUAUUGGAAGUAAUUAAAAAAUUCAAUAUCCAAGUCAACAAUUUGACGCAAUUCUUACCACAAGACAGGGUUUGUGAGUUCGCCAAAUUAACUCCCAUUCAGCUCCUAGAAGAGACUGAAAAAGCAGUUGGUGAUCCUCAACUUCCAGUGCAGCAUUUUGCCCUUGUAGAAAAAAGCCGUGAACUAAAAAAAUAUCAAAAAGCUGUAGAUAAAAUGGGAGAAAGUUUGAAACAGCUGAUAGCCCUUAAUGCUGAGCAAGAAAAAGAUGUUGAGCGUGUUCGCCAAAGAGAUGAACUUCUAGAAAAGGUUGAUUGUAUGAAAAAGAAAUUGCCUUGGCUGAAGUACGAUAUGAAGAAAAUUGAAUACUUGGAAGCCCAAAAGAGGGAAAAAGAAGCAAAAAAGAAGUUGAAUGAAGCUGCAAAGAUGCUAAAUGAAUUCAAAGCUCCCAUAGAAAAACAAAAGCAAGAGAAAACGAAGCUGGAUGAUCAAUGUAAACGCAUAAGCAAUUUCAUGAAUGAAAAUAUUAAGAAACGGAAUGAUCUUCUGCAGAAAGAGAAUGAGGCGGCAGUGCAAGCGCGGAGUAAAUAUAAGGAAAUCGAAGAUUUGAGGAGAGAAGAAGAUUGUCGCAAACAAAGUAUUAUAGAGGCUAAAAUGAAACUUGCUGAUGCUGAAAGGGAUCUUCAGAACUUGCCUGCAUAUGAGCCUCCUAAGGAGGAAAUUGAGAGAUUGAAAAGUCAAAUUCUGGAGCUAACUUCUUCUGCUCAUCAAAUGAUGCAGCAGAAGAAGGAGAAGGAAAAAUCUCUAGGCCAAAUGAAAACAACCCUAAGGAACUGUGUCGAUGGUUUGAAAGAUAUGGAGAAUACAAAAACUAAACUUCUUCAUGCUUUAAAGAAAUCUGGUGCAGAAAAGAUAUUUGAAGCUUAUCAGUGGGUGGAAUUGCAUCGCAAUGAAUUGAACAAGGACGUUUAUGGCCCCGUAUUGAUUGAGGUGAACGUCUCAAAUGAGGUCCAUGCUAAGUUCUUGGAAGGCCACGUUGCUCAUUACAUCUGGAAGUCUUUUAUUACUCAAGAUUCUGGUGAUAGGGAUUUUCUUGUAAAGAACCUGCAGCCGUUUGAUGUUCCCAUUCUAAAUUAUGUAAGAGAAGAAUCUGGUCGGAAAGCACCCCCUGAAAUUUCUAAGCAGAUGCAUGAACUGGGCAUCUAUUCCCGGCUCGAUCAGGUGUUUGAUGCUCCCGCUGCUGUAAAGGAUGUUAUGUCCUCACAGUUUGGUCUGGAGCAUUCAUAUAUUGGGUCAGACAAAACUGAUAGGAAAGCUGAUGAUAUUGCAAAAGAAUUGGGAAUUUUAGAUUUCUGGACUCCACAAAACCACUAUCACUGGUCUGUUUCUAGAUAUGGUGAUAAUGAAAUGUCAGCAAGAGUAGAACCUGUUCAUGAUUCACGUCUUCUACUGUGUGGUUUGGAUAGUGGGGAAAUUGAAAAUAUGAGGUCCAGAAAGAAUGAGCUUGAAAAGUUAAUUGCUGAUGCGGAGGAAGGCAUAAAAUCACUUCAGAUUCAGCAAAGGCUGGUUGAAGAUGAAGCAGCCAAACUUCAAAAACAGCGGGAGGAAAUGGUUGAAACUGCAAGAAGGGAAAUGAGAAAACGAAAAGAUUUGGAAAGCUGUGUUGAACAAAGGAAAAGAAAAUUAGUAUCCUUGGAGAGAAGUGGUGAUAUAGAAACAGCUGUAGAUAAGCUCAUUGAGCAAGCUGCAAGAUCAAAUAUAGAGCGGCUUAAACAUGCAAUUAAAGUUAAGGAUUUGCUGGUUGAAGCUGUUUCCUGCAAAUGGAGUUAUGCUGAAAAACAUAUGGCCUCCAUUGAAUAUGAUGCAAAGAUUAUAGACUCGGAAGUCAAUCUCAAGGAGCAAGAGAAGUUUGCUUACCAGGCAUCAGUGAAUUUACAGAAUUGUCAACAAGAUGUAAAGGAUUAUUCUCAACAACUGUUGGCUGCCAAGAGAAAUGCUGAAUCAAUUGCCAUCAUUACUUCUGAACUUGAAAGGUUAUUUCUUCAGAUGCCAACUACAAUUGAGGAAUUGGAGGCUGCUAUACAAGACAACAUUUCUCAAGCCAAUUCUAUUGUUUUCCUAAACCAGAACAUACUACAGGAAUAUGAAGAUCGUAGACGUCAGAUAGAAACCAUUUCUGCGAAACUGGAGACGGAUAGCAAGGAACUACAAAGGUGCUUAGCUGAGAUACAUACUCUGAAGGGAAGUUGGCUUCCAACAUUGAGAAAUCUUGUUAGCCAGAUAAAUGAAACUUUCAGUCGUAACUUCCAAGAGAUGGCAGUUGCAGGAGAAGUUUCACUGGAUGAGCAUGACACCGAUUUUGAUCAAUUUGGGAUACUUGUAAAAGUGAAGUUCAGGCAAGCAGGUCAACUUCAAGUUCUCAGUGCUCACCAUCAAUCCGGAGGGGAACGUUCAGUUUCAACGAUUCUUUAUCUUGUUUCUCUUCAAGAUCUCGCUAAUUGUCCCUUUAGGGUGGUUGAUGAGAUUAACCAAGGAAUGGACCCCAUUAAUGAAAGAAAGAUGUUUCAGCAAUUAGUACAGGCUGCCAGCCAACCGAACACCCCACAGUGUUUCCUACUUACACCGAAGUUGCUACCAGAUCUGGAAUACAGCGAGGCAUGUAGCAUUCUGAAUAUAAUGAACGGUCCUUGGAUUGAGGAACCCUCUAAAGUAUGGAGAAAUGGAGACUGCUGGAGCACCAUUGCAGGGUUAGCAGAAACACGUUGAUGAUGAAACAUCAUCCCCGCUGAGGAUGUAUAGGACAGAGAGGAGAGAAGAUGACAAUCAAUUGUUGAGGAUAUAUAGUUAAAAUGAAAAUGAGGUUUUGUAUUGUAAUUGGCAGCUUUUUGGGAAAACAUAUCAGCUUCAUUGUGUGGGUUUUUGGUCCGUGUAAAGAUGGUUAGAAUCAUGAAGUAGGUGUAUGAUUUUUUAUUAUUUGUAAUGCGCCAAACUUGAUUCAGGUGUAAAGAUGGUUUUUUUUGUUCUUUCUGAGAAAUAUCUUGUUAUUUUUCCCUUU